AUGUUACGGAUUACUGGAGACAUUAUCUUUGGUCAUCUUAAGGGCGGAAUAUAUUAUGUAUUUUUUUUACAGGCCGAGCUCAAAGAGAUGUACUCUUUUAGAGACUUAUUUUUCGAAAACCAUCCCAUUGAGAUGGCUACGGAGAAAAAUAAAUAUGUAGAAGAGAAGAAACAAGCAUUGGUUGAGAAGUUUGAGGCCAUUGAUGUGGAAACUCAGAUUCCGUUCGCUCAACGUGCCAAGUUCCUUUACAUGAAGGGCCGUUGCUACAACAUAUGCCCUACAUACGAUUCUAGAGCCUCUCAGUACCUGAGCAAGGCUGUAAAGCUCAACCCCCACCUGGUUGACGCUUGGAAUGAACUCGGAGAAUGUCAUUGGAAGAAUAUGAAUGUAAAAGAGGCAAAAUCCAGUUUUGAAGGUGCUUUAAAACAUGAACGCAACCGUCUCUCUCUCCGUUGCCUCUCAAUAAUCCUGCGUCAAGAAAGCAGUGAUAAGAAGCGAUCCGAAGCUACUUCCAGCCAUUUUGAAGAGUGUUGAGCUGCCAAAGAGGCUGUAGCCCAGGAUAUCAAGGAUGGAGUGUCCUGGUCGGUCUUGGGAAAUGCAUACCUAUGCCAAUUUUUCAUGGUAGCUCAAGAUCCAUCUACUUUGAAAUUGUGCAUGAGUGCUUAUAAGCAAGCAUCCCUAGAUCCUGUUGCAAAGGGACAGCCAGACCUGUAUUAUAACAAGGGCAUUGCCCUAAAAUACUCGGAAUACUACGACGAAGCAAUCCAGAACUUUGAGUUCGCAAGCCGGCUGGACCCUCCAUGGCAGCCGCCACGUCAAGAGCGCUCGCGCCUGGUGACGUUCACGCUGGCCGCGCACACGCUGGUGCGGACGCGAGGCAAGCUGAAGGCGAAGCGAUUGACGCAUAUGGUGCAGUCAAUUGACAAGAGAAUGUUGGGUAUCUACGCUGAAGGCACCAUUCAUACAUUCGGGAAACGUGAAGUUACUCUCAAAAAGACUCGGUUAGAUCACUUGCAAGAAGGAAACAAACGAGGAACCGUCGUCGUGGGCAGAGUCAUCGGAUCCAUACAUAACGACAAUGCCGUACCUUUUACUUUCGCUCUGGUGGAUGACAGCAUGGAAUGCGUGCUAGUCACUGUGUACAACUGGGCUGACGGUCGCGGCGCCAUCAUCGGCGACUGCAUUGCUAUACCGGAGCCCCAACUGCGAUCUCACAAGCAUGAGUCUGAGGAAUUGACUUACGACUUCAAAUCAAUCCGCGUGAACAACCCUCUACUCCUGCAACUGAACGGUCGCCGCGUGAACCGCAACCAGUUCGCCUGCACCCGCGUAACCUCCACCUACGAGAUACACUGAAGUUAUGCAAGGUGCUGGUUCGAAUUGCCGCUACUGAGACGGGUAUAGUUAUUAUUAUUAUUUACUUACUUGAUACUUUGCACUGAACAGUUUCGAUAGAGGUGCCAAUUUGUUUGUUUUUAACGAUUAAAGAUUAUUGUUCAAAAAUAAUUCUAAUUAAUAGAUUUGAAAAUAAAAAA